AUGGCUUCAUUGAAUGCACGUGGCGGUUGGAUCGUGGGCAGCAAGAAAUGGUAUAUUAUUGCGAUGAGCAACAUCCCCACCAAGUAUGGUCUCUCCACGAAUGCCAAACAGCUGCUACAGUAUCUGGAUGAUUGCAAGGCCAAUUAUAUGGAUGAGGCUGAGCUUGGCCGGAAGGUUCGUUUGAGUCUCGAGAACCGCAAGGCCAUUACCGAUACCAUCCGCAAGGUUGCAUCCCUGAUGCAGGAAAAGCCGAAGGAGACACAGUACUGUCUUCAGCUCAUCGAGAUGUGCACUGAGAUUCUGGACAUUGCCAAUCGCCCUCCCCCGCCUGAAGGAUUUCCGUUCUUGAAGUUACCCAAGGAAAUCCGUGCCCGCAUACUCAGCUUGAUCAUCGAUCAGUACAAUCCACCUUCGACCCUGGUGCCAGUCGAGUGGGGCAACUGUGCCUGUGUCAACCCAGAGAAGUAUGCCUUUGCGAUGGUUACUGAGGCUCAGAAGAAGUGCUUCCGACUCCUGGGCAAGUCUUUGGGUGACGAGUUCUAUGACGUUCUCUACCGCCACAGAACAUGGUACUUUGCCUGCUGCUGCACCCUUCUCUCCAACCUCAAAAGUCACGCGAAGCUUUUCCACCACUUGCGCAAUGCUCAUGUGCACUGGUGUGGACCUGUCUCUGACCAGGCUUUUGACCUGCUGGCCAAAUGCCCCAACCUUCGGAACCUCACGAUCAAAAUCUCGAAAGCUACGGUGACGACACUUAACGCAAGAGAGGGUAGCUUGGCUACGUACUUUGCCUUAUCGUAUAAGAACCGCAGACUAAUGGACAGUCUCGGCGCCGAUGAACUAUUGAGCAUUCGUGGCAUCCGGAAGCUUAGGGUUCAGCAUCUCAGCUCGGCCCAGAGAGUCCAGCUAAGCGAGUUCGAUCGGCAGGGUCUGCUGUCGCUGCUAUCAGCGAAGCUCAAGCAAUAG